AUGAACAUGGUGAAAGGGAAUUUAAUGAAUUAUAUUCCACAAACAUUGAUUAUGGGAUGGGUCAAUUAUUUCUUCGCUGGUUUUGUUGUCAUGAAACUUCCAUUCCCUCUCACUGACGGGUUUAAAAGUAUGUUACAGAGUGGGGUUGCUACACCUUCUUUAAAUGUUCGUUAUGUUUCAUCUAUUUCCUGGUAUUUUGUCAAUUUGCUCGGAUUGAAACCAGUCUACUCUUUGCUUAUGGGAGAUUCCAAAAUAGUUGACCAAAUGAUGCAGCAGCAGCAGCAACAACAAAUGCCAAAUAUAGGUGGGCCAGGCGCUCCAAAAGUAGAUAAAGUUUUCAAGGCUGAAGCAGAGAAUAUUCAAAUUUUAUCUCAUGAAUCCAUAUUUGAUGGAAUUGUCGAUAGGGUUUUAAACCAAUCCGAUUAA